UGUACGAAGAUGGCGGACGGAGGAGAAUUUUCGAUUUCUAGUUUAGAAAAACUCCGCGUUGUUGACCUGAAGCAACAGUUAGGCGAGCUUGGUCUACCAACGCAGGGAAGAAAAGCUGAUCUAGUUGGUCGGCUACAUGAGUACUAUCUUGAACAGGAAGAUGAAGAAGAUGAUUCUGAACAGGAAGACUCCCCGGAUGAUGGUCGUGGUGGACAACGGCAGUUCCCCCCACCUCCACCUCACAUGAUGCAGCAAGGCCAGCAUCCCCCACCACCAGGGAUGUCUAUGAUGGGUCAGCAUCCACAGCAGAUGCGGGGACCUCCAGGUCCACCCUCAAUGGCCCCUCCACCACAACAGAUGGGUGAUGAUUACUCUCAGCAGCAGUCGAUGAUGAUGGAGCGGGAACAGCCUCAUCGACAUGAUCGACGUGAAGAGGAUGACCUAGUGCGCAAAGCCGAACUUCAACAACAGAUGUUGGAACAUCAACAAAUGAUGGACAGUCAAAAGGAAGCAUUGGCCAUUCAGCAACAGGCGAUGCUUGAACAGGAACGAGUCAUGCAGCAGCGGGAUCAAGAGAGACAACGGCGCAUAGCUAUGGAACAGGAGAGAGCCAGACAGCAGCAGGCAAUGAUAGAACAGGAACGUGCUCGGCACCAGGCCAUGAUGGACCAGGAGCGUGGCAUGAUGUCCAGACACGAGAACGACGAGAUGAUGCAGAAGGCCCGUGAACAGCAGCAACUUCUCGAGGCAGAGAAACAGCAACAAAUGAUCCAACAGCAGAUGAUGGAAGUGAAGAAGAAAGAUGCUGAGAUGAUGCAGCAGCAACAACAGAUGGCCAUGAUGGAAAGGCGGGGUGAACAGGGACCGCCACCUCAUCAGAGAAUGGAAGUGCCACCACCUCAUCAGAGGUUGGAAGGGCCACCACAGCACCAGAGAAUGGAAGGGCCACCGCAACACCAGAGAAUGGAAGGGCCACCACAACACCAGGGGAUGGAAGGACCACCACAGCACCAGGGGAUGGAAGGGCCACCCCAGCACCAGAGAUUGGAAGGGCCACCACAGCACCAGAGGAUGGAAGGCCCACCGCAACAUCAGAGGAUGGAAGGGCCACCGCAACUCCAGAGGAUGGAAGGACCACCACAGCAUCAGGGAAUGGAAGGACCACCACAGCAUCAGAGGAUGGAGGGACCUCCACAGCACCAGAGGAUGGAAGGGCCACCACAGCAUCAGAGGAUGGAAGGGCCACCGCAACACCAGGGGAUGGAAGGACCACCCCAGCAUCAGAGGAUGGAAGGGCCACCACAGCACCAGAGGAUGGAAGGGCCACCACAGCAUCAGAGAAUGGAAGGGCCACCACAGCAUCAGAGGAUGGAAGGGCCACCCCAACACCAAAGGAUGGAAGGGCCACCACAGCACCAGGGGAUGGAAGGGCCACCACAGCACCAGAGGAUGGAAGGACCACCACCUCAGCAACGAAUGGAUGGGCCACCACCUCAGCAACGAAUGGACGGGCCACCACCUCAGCAACGAAUGGAUGGGCCACCACCUCACCAGAGAAUAGAGGGACCUCCACCUCAUCAGAGAAUGGAAGGACCUCCACACAGGAUGGAGGACAUGGGGCAUCAAAUGCAAGGGCCUCCACAUGGAUCUAUGCCUCCAAGAGGUCCUCCUGGCCAGUUCCAACCUCCAUCAUCACAAGCUGGUCCUCCUGGACAUCAGGGGCCUCCCCCUGGUCAUCAUCAGGCAGGCCCUCCUCCUCCUCCUGGACUUCACCAGGUCCCUCCUCCCGGACAUCACCAGGUUCCUCCUCCCGGACUUCAACAGACAGGUCCUCCUCCAGGACACCCACAGGGACCUCCGCCAGGACACCCACAGGGUCCUCCACCUGGACACUCACAGGUUCCUCCACCUGGACACUCACAGGUUCCUCCACCUGGACACUCACAGGUUCCUCCACCUGGACACUCACAGGUUCCUCCACCUGGACUUCACCAGGGCCCUCCACCUGGACAUCCCCAGGAGGGACUUCCCCCGGAUGGCCCUCCGGGGAUUGCGCCUGUUUCCCAGGCAGAGGAAGGUGGAAUGAAGCCAGUUCCACUGAUGUCUAUUGAGACACGACCACCUCCAGGGGGACAGCCUCAAGAGGAUGAUGGGAAGAGGGAAUUCCGUCUACCCCAGGCCCUGGAGAAGGUGCUGGCUUUUAAGGAUGUCAGGGCACAACAAAUGGGCAUCAGUCCAGAGGAACUGGAGAAUCUUGACCAAGUCGUUGAAGAGGAAGACGAGCCUGAACAAGUUGAGGAGCUUCCGAUCGGUGAUUACGGAGACGAUGACAUGGACGAAGAUGAGGAUGAGGAAGAGGAGGAGGAAGAAGAGAUUGUACCAGUUCUCACGAAGAAAGAGUCAAAGAAUAAGAAGCGGAAGAAAAAGAAGAAGAAUGCCAAGCAACGACGAAUGAUCCAGCAGCACAUGAAAAAGGCUCAGCAGCCUAAACAGGAGGAGGAAGAGAAGGUUGAGGUCGAGUAUGUCCAAGAGACUCUUGAGCUGGAUCGGAUGGAUCCUAACUAUCAUCACUUUUCAAAGAUCUUUGAAACAUUCAAGAUCACGGAGGUGGACAAGGCCAGCAGGGAAGCCGAGCGUCUGUUGGAAGAACAGAAGAAGAAGGAUACCCAGGAUGCAUUGGAUGCUGCCGCCAAGCGUAAUCGGAUGGGCGUGGCAGACGACGAUGAUGAUGAUGAUGAUAUGGAUGAGAAAGUUGUGGAGGACAAGCCUAAGUAUUCCAAGAAGAAGCUGAAGAAGAUGAACCGACUGAGUGUGGCUGAAUUAAAGCAGCUUGUUGUCCGGCCUGAUGUUGUUGAGAUGCAUGAUGUCACAGCACAGGACCCAAAACUUCUCGUACAUUUGAAGGCCACAAGGAACACAGUGCCUGUGCCACGCCACUGGUGCUUCAAGAGGAAGUAUCUACAAGGUAAAAGAGGUAUAGAGAAGGCUCCAUUUGAGCUGCCAGACUACAUCAAGGCCACAGGAAUCAUGGAAAUGAGAGAGGCCCUUCAGGAGAAGGAAGAUCAGAAGUCCAUGAAACAAAAGAUGAGAGAGAAAGUCCGGCCAAAAACGGGAAAAAUUGAUAUUGAUUAUCAGAAGCUUCACGACGCAUUCUUCAGAUUACAAACGAAACCGAAAAUGACAAUUCAUGGUGAUUUGUAUUACGAGGGCAAAGAAUUCGAGACGCGUUUAAAGGAAAAGAAACCUGGGAAUUUAUCGGAUGAUCUUCGGACGGCAUUGGGAAUGCCAAUUGGUAUGAGCGCUGACCGAGUUCCUCCACCAUGGUUAAUCGCCAUGCAGAGGUACGGACCACCACCCUCUUAUCCCAAUUUAAAAAUACCUGGUUUAAAUGCACCGAUACCCGAGAGUUGUUCCUUCGGUUACCAUGCUGGCGGAUGGGGCAAGCCUCCGGUGGACGAGAAUGGUAAACCUUUAUACGGAGAUGUAUUCGGCACAACAACGACAGAACUCGCGGUACCAGUUCAGGAGGAAGAAGUUGAUAGAACGUUAUGGGGUGAACUUGAGUCUGAGUCUGAGUCUGAGGAAGAAUCAGAAGGAUCCGAAUCGGAGGAGGAACCAGAUAAAUCGGGUCUUAUAACGCCGGCAGAUGGUGGCCUGGUAACACCCAGUGGUCUAACGUCAGUACCCGCCGGCAUGGAGACGCCAGACAUGAUCGAGUUGAGGAAGAAAAAAAUAGAAGACUUAAUGGAGGGGGGCGAAACACCUCAAUUGUAUCAAGUACUGCCAGAAAAGAAGGCGGCCGUCGGUGCGCAGGCUAUGAUGGGAUCGUCACAUAUGUACGAUAUGACAGGGGUGCCUGCUGGUCCACCUGGCAAAAAACAAGAUGCGAGAACGACAGAGGGUGUCGAGAUCGCGCUGAACCCAGAGGAGUUGGACAUGGACACGGCAGCCAUGCAAGCCAAGUAUGAGGAGACGAUGAGAGAGCAGCAAUCACAGAUCGAGAAGGAAGAUCUUAGCGACAUGGUGGCUGAACAUGCGGCCAAACAGUCAAAAAAACGAAAGAAACAGCAGCAAGAUAGUGGCAAAGCGGCCAAGAAAUACAAAGAUUUCAAGUUUUAGUUGUGGACACCGUCGUUAUGGAGUCCUCUUGUUGUGUUCAUGGACAAUUCAUGCAUCUUGUCUCAUACCGUCAUUUGAACGCUGUUUCAGUAAUUGCACCUUAAUGCUGAAUCAUGUAAAAACAUUGCAUGAUUUAGCUGUGAGUCAAUGUGACCCAACAUUUCGAGUUCCAGCAAGGUCUCAAGUUCCAAUAGUGUCCAAC